AUGAUCGCCGAGUCGCCUGCGAAAUUCACUUGUCUGGCGCUUAUGCUGUGUAUGCCCAAAAUCUACAUGUGCUACAGACAAUCCCACAGUCUCCCUCAGCUCAUCAAAGAACUCCUUCAAAACUUCCCAGACAUUCUUCCUUACACUGUUUGCGUAACGAGCACCUCAUCCCCGGUCUCUUUCGACUUGUCUCAUUCAUUCGUUCCUCCUCUUCACACCGUUUUAAUUGCCUUUUCUCAUCAUUACUUGUCUUACACGACAACUCAUCAACAAAACGUCAACUACAAACUUCUUCCGCAAUUUAUUGAGAACUGGAUCGAGACUGCCAUCGAUGAGCCGCAAACCCCGCUACCCACACUCGCAAAAAAGCUCUCGUACUUGGAACUUGACGACAACACAUCCAAGAUCCCUGCCGACUUGCUUUCCGCUCCGCUUCCUCGACCGGCGUCUUCUCCUAACCAAACCGCCUGUCAGAUGCACAGCACUCCGGUGAGCCACGCGAAAGCAGAAUGCGUCGAUGAUGAGAUUCAGCCGAACAAUGCCCAUCUCGAUCGGGAUGAGAUUCAGCCAAGUCCCGUCCCCGUUUCGCCGCCCAUCUUCAAUGCACAUCUGCCGCUGCUUGGACAACAUCCUGACACCCCGAUGUAUGCAAAUAAGGACGCGCCCGCGCUUGUAUCGGCUCUGCGUAGAAACCCUCCAGCAGAGUUGGCGUUCCAGGCCCUCUCACCUGGCUCGCCUCCUUAUCCUCAGUCCAUAGGAGAACCGGGACUUACACCGCAUACGUGUUUCGAAGGCAACAUCGGUCACGAUCUGCACUCACCGGCAUGGGUGACGCAGACUCAGACAGGGACACCGCCAUUGUCUCCUGACUUUGUACCAGAAACCCUGCAGAGUGCACUUAAUGCCGGGCACAUGCCUCCUUCCUAUAUGUCUCCUGGCUACAUAUCUCCUGCGCACCUUUCACCGGGACAUUUUGCUCCUCCGUGGCUCAUUCCUUCUCCACGAGUGGCUAUCCAUGGUCUUGCUCCGAUGCAGAGGAUUGGUACUCCUGCGCACUCUGGGCUCACGCCAUAUAACAGCGCCAUGACAGCAACAAGUGCCGACACAAGCUUGAUGCAUCGGGUACCAAGCGCGACGAGUGCGGCGUCGUACGUGACUCAGGCGUCGGGGCAGGUGGGCAUUCCGGAGGUUCCAAAAGCAGCGACGAAGUCGAAGAAUCGGUACUCCAAGGGGGCGAGUGCCUCAAACUAUUGCCAUGUCUGUGGUCGGAAUUCGCGAAUCGAAUUUGCCGUUUGUGCGAACACCAAGGUUGGCCUGUGUCGCAAGGUUGUGUGUGAUAAAUGUCUGUUGCUUUACGAGCGCGAGAGCUUCGAGAUCUCCAAGGAUCCCCGCGUGAAGUGGAAGUGCACGCAUUGUCGCAACUGCUGUCCCCCUCGUGCCAGGUGUAAGCAGUACACCAGGAACAAUCACCGACGCCGGGCGCGAAAAGCAGCAGCUGCGCUGAGGGAGGCGCAAAACCGGCAGCUAGCCGCGCAGGCUGCACAAGCCGCUCAAGCAUCGCAACAAGGUCAUCAGCUGCCUCAAAUGGUCCUGCCUAAUCUGCCGCUGCCGACGAUCCCUCUCGUGCAAGGGGCUCGAGUGGUUAAGCCGAAGCGGCAGCGAAAGUCGCGACGAAAGGAUCAGCAGAAGGGAACGAAGCGCGGACAAGUGAGACCGGAACCUGCAAGGCGGCCUGAAAUCCCGUUCGCGCCGACGCAACCUAUGCAAUGGUUGCUAGACGAAGACAUUUCCCUUUUCCUAGGCCAUGAGGGUCAGCCGGGAGUGCCUCCGCUCGUUGGUCCUUCAACGCCGCAAGUGCCGGUUGCAACAUCGCCGGUGAUGGUGGAACGGAUGCUCCCUCCGCUGCCUGCGCCAGACAGCCGAGGACAGAAGCGGGAUUUUUCUCAUCUGGCGCAGUCACCAAACAUUGACAGCGUCCUCCUUCCAGAUCAGUUACCAAUGACGGCCGCCGGGCCGUCGGUGCAGUAUCUGAACCUCGAGGCAGCUGAACCGGCAAGUGGAGCUGGGGAUAGCCGUGGUAAGAGAAGAAGGCUUGUGGAACCUUUCCCGGAUGGCAUCUCUCCGAUUUGUACUGGAUACAGUAUAUCGCCCUCGUCGAGUGUCAAGACCCACGUCAAACGUGUUUCAACGCAACUACCACGGUGUAACACAUUGCGGCCAUUGUCCUCAAGCAUGUGCAGAGUUGGGCCCUCUUCCAAGAGCCGAGAGCAGGACUGGUAA